ACAACAAAACAAGUCUUAAUCUUGUAAAGGAAGAGGGUAUCUUAAUAUGGGAAGCCUUGGGGUGUUGAGGCGUUGGCCUCAACUAGUUUAUGCUUUUGCUUUCUUCUUGUUAGCCACAAUUAUCAUUGCUGAUAAACCUUAUGCUUACAAUUCACCAUUGCCCAAAAAUUUUAAAGUGACACCACCGGUGAAGGAUCCAUGGAAAAAAUCACCUUAUGUUUACAAGUCUCCACCACCGGUGAAAAAAACAUGGCCGCAUCUACCUUAUCUUCACAAAUCUCCUCCCCCUUCAUAUAUCUACAAGUCUCCACCACCACCUAGCUACAUUUACAAAUCUCCACCACCUCCUCCUAAGUACAUUUACAAGUCUCCACCACCACCUAGGUACAUUUACAAGUCUCCACCACCUCCAUAUGUUUAUAAAUCUCCACCACCACCUUCUCCAUCACCACCACCUCCAUAUGUCUACAAGUCUCCGCCACCACCACCACCAUCCCCACCUCCUCCUUAUAUCUACAAGUCUCCUCCGCCACCAUCACCAUCACCACCACCUCCAUAUGUAUACAAGUCUCCACCUCCUCCAUCACCUUCUCCACCACCUCCUUAUGUUUACAAGUCUCCACCUCCUCCAUCACCAUCUCCACCACCUCCAUAUGUUUACAAGUCUCCACCUCCUCCAUCACCAUCUCCUCCACCUCCAUAUGUGUACAAGUCCCCACCUCCACCAUCACCAUCUCCUCCACCUCCAUACAUUUACAAAUCUCCACCUCCUCCAUCACCAUCUCCACCACCUCCUUAUGUGUACAAGUCUCCACCUCCUCCAUCACCAUCUCCACCACCUCCAUAUGUAUAUAAGUCUCCACCCCCACCAUCACCAUCUCCACCACCUCCAUACGUUUACAAAUCUCCACCACCGCCAUCACCAUCUCCUCCACCUCCAUACAUUUACAAAUCUCCGCCUCCUCCGUCACCAUCUCCACCACCUCCUUAUGUGUAUAAGUCUCCGCCACCACCAUCACCAUCUCCUCCACCACCAUAUGUUUACAAGUCUCCACCUCCUCCAUCACCAUCUCCACCACCUCCUUACGUCUACAAGUCUCCGCCUCCACCAUCACCAUCACCACCACCUCCUUACGUCUACAAGUCUCCGCCUCCACCAUCACCAUCACCACCACCUCCUUACGUCUACAAGUCUCCGCCUCCACCAUCACCAUCACCACCACCUCCUUACGUCUACAAGUCUCCGCCUCCACCAUCACCAUCACCACCACCUCCUUACGUCUACAAGUCUCCGCCCCCACCAUCACCAUCUCCACCACCUCCAUACGUUUACAAAUCCCCACCACCACCAUCACCAUCUCCUCCACCUCCAUACGUUUACAAAUCUCCUCCUCCUCCUUCACCAUCUCCACCACCUCCUUAUGUGUAUAAGUCUCCGCCACCACCAUCACCAUCUCCUCCACCUCCAUAUGUUUACAAGUCUCCACCUCCUCCAUCACCAUCUCCACCACCUCCAUAUGUUUACAAGUCCCCACCUCCUCCAUCACCAUCUCCACCACCUCCUUAUGUGUACAAGUCUCCACCUUCACCAUCACCAUCACCACCACCUCCUUACGUCUACAAGUCUCCUCCCCCACCAUCACCAUCUCCGCGUCCUAUUUAUGUCUACAAAUCUCCUCCUCCACCAUCACCAUCCCCACCACCUCCAUACAGCUACAAAUCACCCCCACCACCAUCACCAUCUCAUCCCCAUCCAUACAUUUACAAGUCUCCUCCCCUACCAUCACAUUUACUCCCACGUCCGUAUUACUAUAAAUCACCACCCCCACCGUCAAAGUCUCCCGGAACACCAAAGCAUUAUUAAAGCACAAAGUUUUUAAACGAACCAGAAUGAGACUCAUUGCAUUAUCAAAUCUGAAUUUGUCUUCUUUAUUUGUUUAUCUUAUUCUUAUUCAAAUGUAUUCGUGAAUCAGCAUGGUCCCAACAUGCAAUGACUAUUGGGCCUUGCUUAUUUAUGUUCUACAAGUCGUUUCUGUUUAUUCUUUGUAUUAAUUAUGAAAACAAAUGUUUCAUAGUUAUAUGUUUCCUUUUCACAUGAUAAGGUUACUUGUUUAAUCGAAUCUGUAGUUUGAUAAAUAUUUGAAUUGUCUUCUUUUA